UUGAAAGGUCAGUAGCAAUUACCGGCCGAGAAUCACCCGUCCCCGUCUUUAUCUACAAACUGAAGAGGCGAAACUAUUUUAUUCUCCUUUCCCCCCAAUUCCCCAAAGAUCCAAUUUUUAUGUAUAUGCAUAUUCAUUCCUUAUAAUUACUACUGAACUAUUACGGAAUAUUAUUUUAUCAAUUACCGAAAAUAUGAACAGGUGAACAAUUGCAAGUGUGUGACUCAAAACUUCUCUCAACUGUUUCCUCCUCUCAUACCAAUAGUUUUUUAACCUUAUCAUGGAAUCUUCUACCUCUCCAGAUUUUGGUUUGAUCUAAGGUUUUUGGUAUUCUUGAUUUUCUGCGAAUGUGGGCCGUGUAAUCUGGGCUUGAUCCAAGAUUUUUUGACACAUUUCGAGCUAAACCUGGGUGGCACUGAUUUGAAUUUGAUCGACCUGGGAUUUGGAUAUAGUGAUUAAUAUAUGCAGAUAGUUAGUUACAUUGAUAGGGAAAAGAGAAAAAGAUUCAUUCUUUUCUCUUCAGAGGAUUCAGAUAGGGAUAGUUAGUUACAUUGAUAGGGAAAAGAGAAAAAGAUUCAUUCUUUUCCCUUCAUUCUUUUGGGUUUGUGGAAGUUAGGUAGGUUUUGGGGGUUGGAAUCAUGGGCUGUAUGUGCGCAAAGGGGGUAGUAUCAGGACAUAAGCUACCAGGGAAACGUGGUACGGGGAAGGAGAGAGAACCCAAAAUACUGUCUUCAAAACGGUCCAGUUCAUCUUAUAGAAAGGAGAAAGUAGUUAUGGAGGUUGAUAAUGGCAGUAAUGAGGUCACUACCCCGUUAAUAUCACCACAUGCUAGUUUGGAUGAGCUGAAGCCUGUUGGAAUAUAUACUCAAAUGAGCAGGCCCAUUAUAGAUGAUGGAGGGACCGGCGGGGUGGAAGUGUCACAUCAGUUGACAGACUGUGUGUUUGGCGUGAGGAAUGGAGUUGAUGGUGCUCAAGUUGCUGCGGGAUGGCCUUCAUGGUUAACUGCUGUGGCAGGGGAAGCUAUCAACGGGUGGGUCCCUAGAAAAGCGGAUUCAUUCCAGAAAUUAGAUAAGAUUGGUCAAGGGACAUAUAGCAGUGUGUAUAGAGCUCAUGACCUCGAAGCUAAAAAAGUAGUCGCCUUAAAGAAAGUACGGUUUGUGAACAUGGAUCCAGAGAGUGUUCGUUUUAUGGCAAGAGAGAUUAUUAUACUACGUAGGCUGGACCACCCUAAUGUGAUGAAGCUUGAAGGUCUAGUGACUUCCCGAGUUUCGGGACAUUUGUAUCUUGUGUUUGAAUACAUGGAACAUGAUCUUGCAGGUCUAGUGUCAUCUCCAGCAAUCGGGUUUACAGAGUCACAGAUAAAGUGCUAUAUGCAACAACUGUUUCAUGGGCUUAAACACUGCCACAGCCGUGGGGUUUUGCAUCGUGACAUAAAGGGUUCAAAUCUUUUGAUUGACAACAAUGGUAAUCUCAAGAUUGGCGAUUUCGGACUUGCAACAUUUGUUAGUACCAAUCAGCCACUGACAAGUCGUGUUGUCACUUUGUGGUAUCGGCCACCAGAACUCUUGCUUGGUGCCACUGACUAUGGAGUAGCAGUGGAUUUGUGGAGCUCAGGUUGCAUCCUUGCUGAAUUAUUUGCUGGAAAACCUAUUAUGCCUGGAAGAACUGAGAUCCUGGGGUGUAUGUUUGGUUCGGCUGACUCUGCUACAGAAAAUUUCGAGUCUAUUUCAUCUCUUUUAUUCCAAGAAAACCCGAACAAUUUAGGGGACGCCUUAGGGUUGACUGAGGAGGCCUAUGUGAGAAACAUUGAGGAGGGUGUUGUGGAAUCAGAUGGUAAAGUAGAGGAGCAAGGUUGCGACACGGAUCAAGGUUGAACAACUGCAUAAAAUCUUUAAACUCUGUGGUUCACCAUCUGAUGAAUACUGGACAAAAUCAAAACUGCCACACACAACCAUUUUCAAACCUCAGCAACCUUAUAAACGUCGGGUUGCUGACACAUUCAAAGAUUUCCCUCAUUCGGCAUUAUCCAUUCUGGAGUCUCUUCUUGCUUUUGAACCUGAGUGUAGGGGUUCUGCAUCCUCAGCUCUUCAAAUUCUAUCUUGCCCGCUAAUGAUCAAAACGGACCAGAAGUGGCAAGAAAACCAUAAUUGUUCGUGAAAAGUGUUCUUCACAACACAACCUCUUCCAUGUGAUCCAUCUUCUUUGCCAAAGUACCCGCCAAGCAAGGAAUUUGAUGCCAAGAUGCGUGAUGAUGAAGUGAGACGGGUUGGCCGCUACGCUCCGCUAUCCGUGAUUGACAACACUGCUAGUUAAAAAUCCAAGCAAACACCUGGCUGUAAUAAGGAUGCCAAAGUGUCUAAAGCUUUGCCAGCACCAGAUGCCAACCUUGAGUUGAGAUCAUCCUUGCAGAACUUCCAAGGGCAGUCAAACUCCAAGUGUGUCAGCGAGCAGUAUGAUCCCGCAGAAAGGGGUAGUUCAGUCUUUCCGGAUGUGCCGUCUAGAGGCUCUUUACAUGGUGAUCAUUUUGCGGGUCACGGGGGAUGGCACAAGGUUGGUUCUCUGGGCUAUGGUGCAGAGCUGAGAACACAGAGAUCAUACAGACCUCAGGGAGGAGGAGCUGAGCUAUCCCGAUUCUCAAAUUCAAUGGCAGCUAGUUGUGGUAGUUCUAGAUUUCAUCUCACCAAAGAUGGUGGCAUCCAAUCACAUUGGCCCAAUAAGCAGUUUGGAAAAAAAUAUAACCCAUUAAAUGAUCCAGAGUCUUCUCAUUCUUUGCUUGGGAUAAGAGGAAAUCACGGCUCCAAAAAGGACACACAUCCACCUAGAAAGGAGUAUACAAUGGGUUUUGGUUCAAAGGGUGCCCGAAUGCACUACUCUGGCCCUUUGCUUACACCAGGAGGAGACAUAGAAGAAAUCCUUAAGGAGCACGAGAAACAAAUCCAAAAUGCAGUCCGCAAAGCUCGUCUCAAUAAUACCAAACCAACACGAGUAUACAAUGACCAAACAUCAUCUCUACUGCAUUAUGUGGGGACAACAGGACGGUGAGGCAAAGCAAUACACAGUGUUUGGAUAAGAAGAAUUUGCAUAGUGCAGUGACAAAUGUUCAAAGGGGUAAAAAAUUGAUUGCCUGGUUGGGAGAACUUCUCUUUUGUACAGUGUAUGGUUUGAUAUCCCUUUUGUAUUAAGGAGAUGAUGAGUCAGGUCGCUUCCAAAAGUGCAUAUGAGGAUUGUACAUAUAGAGCAAGGGGCGGCGGGGGCACAACAUAUUCGUGGUAUAGGAGGCUGGUGUGCACCAAGCGUCAGAUUUCCCAAUCUUUGAUGUAUUGUAUAUUUGUUGAUCACAGCUUGCAGUUUUUAUUGGAAGAUGUUAGGUCAGCAUCUGGGAACCUGGCAGUGUGAUGAACAGAAGGAAAUAUCUUCUACUGAGUAGUUUACAAUCUUUACUUCGUCAUUCCUUGCCCCUGUGAUUUUGUUCAUGGAGUUGAUGCUAACUAUGCCGUUUAAAAGAAAAGAUACAUGAGAUCCUCUAAAUAUGCCGUUUAAAAUUGGGAAAAAUUGCAUUUAUAUAAGUAGAAAUUAUCCUAAAUAGGAUUAAAAAAGUUUGUAAAUUCUAAAAUAG